CCGCUUCCAAUGUCGCAGCAUGAAUCUUGCCCGCAAGGAGAUGGCUCUUGUCCUGGCGACACUUUUCCGCAUGUACGACUUGUACCGCGGACAAGAUGGGCCGACGGUCGAGCUGUAUGACACGGAGCGGGCGAGAGAUAUCGACCCGAAUCAUGACUAUAUCAUUCCGUUUCCCGCCAAGGGCAGCAAGGGGCUGAGGGUGAUUUUUAGACACUGAAGUCACAGUAGAACAAUCGGUCAUAUGGAGAACGCUCAGCGCAAGGCUCUGACUUCCAUCUCUUCAGGGGGGAAAAAAAUCAUGGAAAUCUGAGACGUCAACACUGUGAAUCAAAAGGAUUGCAUAGCCAGCAAGCUAUCACGCGAUUUUUCAGCCGAGACCCAAAUUCAAAUUCCAGUUGCCAGGGUGCAAUGAUGGUGGACGAAAACUCCUUCUCAUGGAGGU